GCAGCGUUCCGAAGAGCAACAGAUCCGCCAUACCCGCAUCACGGUCGAGAUCGUAGAUUCCGAGUUUUCCACGCUCCGCAUUUUGGACAGAAGCGUGUCUGUUUGUCGAAAAAAAACACAUACCCGUGUCCCCCCGCCGUGCUUCACGUGCCCUGUGACAGCCCGUGUCUGUGUGAGAGAGUGUGUUGUUUUCUUGUUCCUGCGUGUGUUGAGUGUGUAAUCGAUCCAGCAGCGAGAUGGCCUUCACCUACAAGGUAGCCGGUGUGCUGUGCUUAGUCCUAGCCGUGACCGUGGCCCUGCCGGCCGAAGAUUCGGGCCGUUCGUCCCGCAAUGCGAUCGGCGGUGGCGAGAGCGAUCUGGUCGGCAGCAUCUACAAGGAGUGCCUGUCGUCCGACUCGGUGUCCUGCGUCAAGUACAAGCUGUUUAGCUUCAUCGAUCGUGUCGUGGCCAAGCGCAGCGUGUUCGCCCUGACCGACGGCGUGACUGUGGUCAAGACGCCCGGCGUGCCCGAAACCGAGGGUGCUCCCCGUGCGCUCAGCGGCGAUGAGUCGCUCGAGUCGCUGCUGCUGUCCCGCGUCCAGUCCUUCCUCGCCACGCACACCAUCAAGGUCGACCUGAAGGGGGCGGACAUCGUCAAUGCCGUGACCUCGACCGGCCGCGCCCUCGAGGACGUGUCGGAGAACCUGCUCGCCGCCGAUUCGGACGAUGAGGAAAAGUCGGAAGGACCGGCCGGUGGUGAGGCUCGUGGCAAGAAGAAGAAGGCCGCCAAGAUCCUGGGCCCGCUGCUGCUCGCCGUUGCGCUGAAGGCCGCCGCCCUGCUGCCGCUGCUGCUCGGUGCGAUCGCCCUGAUCGCCGGCAAGGCUCUGCUCAUUGGCAAGAUCGCGCUCGUGCUGUCCGCCAUCAUCGGGCUCAAGAAGCUGCUGUCGCAAGAGAAGCACGUCACUUACGAGGUCGUCGCUCACCCGCACCACUCCACCAGCCACACGUCCAGCCACGGUGAUGCCUACUCGCUCGGCGGCUCGUACGGAGGCGGUGAGGUCGGUGGAUACAGCGCCAGCUCCGGCCAUGGCGGCUGGGGACGUUCGAUUCAGGACGCUCAGGACGUCGCGUACAGCGGCCAGAAGCCCUAAAUGCCACCGACAGAUGCUCCAAAUCACACCAAACCACAUCACCACCACCACAACCACCACCACCAUCAUGAACAUUAUUUAUUUAAUUUAUUUAGCGUCAAGUGAAGGUGUUAAAGUUUGCGUUCGAUUGUUAGGAGGUCAAGGUUGUUAGGGCGAGGAGCACGCCUCGCAGGAGCCAUGAGGCGAACGGGAUGGGGCUCGCCAUCGAACCAAAGCCAGCGAAAAGCGGUGCCUGCGCGAUGUCCAUUCCGGCCAUUUUGCGGACCGCUUGCCGCCCGUAUGGCUCUCUGUCUCACUCACCUUCCGCUAGCUCUUUCCCUUUGUUGUCUUGCUCUGUCUCUCACUCUUCCCCUUACGUUUACGCUUAUCAAUUUUCACACACGAUCUUUCUUUUGUACUAUAUUGUUUCCUUAGCGCCAAUCUAACUUCUAUUCUACCCACAGCACGAACCGUUGUUGCGUUCGUUGCUGCACUUUAACGCUUGCCUUUCGUGAAAUUUGUGUACUUUUCCGCAACAUACUCUACCGUGCAGGCGAAUCUCCGAUAGUGGAACCGUUUUCGAUGGGCCUCUGGAAAAGGGUUCCGAAGCCCGAGCCCGAUCCCAAGCCAUCCAGAUCACCACAAACCGAAAGCGAAGAACGAAGAAAUAAAAGCUCAAAUUAUUUCCAAAAAUAA